AGCCGAAGAAUCUAAAGAGAGAGAGAGAGAAAGAGAUAGAGAGUAAGGAAAAGAGUGAGAGAGAGAGAAAAAGACGUUAAAACCAAAGGUCAGUGUGUCUGCGCGCGCGCGCCCGUGUGUGGGUGUUUGUGGUGGGUGGAGCACAGGGUCCGCAGGUGCGUGCGUGCGUGCGUGCGUGCGUGUGUGUCUAACUCACCUGAGGUGAACACACACAGAGAGAGAGAGAGAGAGAUGAGUCGGUCUGUGCGCGCAAUGAGAAUGAGUUGAUAUCGUUUCUCGAAAUCUUCUGCUUGUGUUUUAUGACUCACCUGCGUCUUAACUGUGGAUUUGACUCGAGCAGUGGAUACAGAAGAUCGCCUGGAUGAUUAUUAUACUGGAAACCUCCAUAUAUCAAAUAGAGAUGUGAUGAGAAAUAAAAGAGAGACAGAAACUACCGAAUAAACAAACAACAUGACAAAACUACUGACCUGCAUCGGUUUAAUAUUUUACAGAGCAAUGCUGUGUGUAGAUGGUGAGUUUAUCGAACCUUCUUCUUCGCUGGUCCUGCGGUCAUUUAUCGGCACACAGACCCGACUGCCGUGCCGGUUCGCCACACAGGAGGACGAGCGUGUGGUGCAGGUGACCUGGUACAGACAAAAACCUGGAGGUGAAAGAGAGCAGAUCAUUAUUGGACAUUUCAUUGAGGGACCCAAAGCGUCACCUGAUUUUCUGAACCGUGUUCAGUUUGAGAGUCAAGAGCCAACACUUGACUCAACACUUUUGAUUCUGGACACAAAGAAAGGCGAUCAGGCUACAUACACCUGUCACAUCACCACAUUCCCAUCGGGAAACUUCGAAAGACAAAUAGAUGUCACAGUCUGGAUUUUACCCAUCUCCACGCUGGAGCCGGUGAUAUUGCAGGAAGGCCAAUCGUCUCGCAUGGCUGCUUCCUGUCGUUCCGUUGGGUAUCCGCCUCCACGUCUCUCCUGGGACACGGACAUUACCGGAACGUCUCAGAAUCGAACUGGCGAGGACGGCCUUGUGACUUCAGAAUUCUCCCUUAAUCCGGUGCGCGGCAUGAAUGGCCAUCGCCUGGACUGUCUGGUGUGGCACCCGGCUUUAGACAAACCCCGGAGACUCCAAAACAACCUGAUUGUACAAUAUCCACCAGAUGCAGAGAUCCAUGACUUUGGUUCCUGGACCUUUGGCAAAACAGGAGCAGAACUCCGAUGUGCAGUUAAAGGAAACCCACAGCCUCACAACAUCACCUGGAGCAGGAAAGGAGGUCAUUUACCAGACGGUGUGUUAGUUCAGGGUGACAAACUCAUCUUCAGUCGUCCUCUAAACAUGACAGAUGAAGGCGUUUACGUGUGUCAGACGGCAAACACUGUUGGGAGUAUUAAAUCUGAGUAUGAUGUGAAGAUUAAAGAAGAUAAAGAUGGAUUUAUCGAGCGGAUCAUGGCGCAUUCAGAGACCAUGCUGAUCGUUUUAGGAGCAUCUGCUGCUGGAAGUCUGGUGGUCAUUAUGGUGAUCAUCCUCAUUUACGUCAACUGUCACCUUAAACAUAAAAACAGAAAUCUGAAGCGAGCCCUUAGUGUCCAAACAGAGCAGAUGGUUAGUCUCUCACGACAGGCGUCUAUGAGGCGACUCGGCUCCAUCACUUCUGAUCCCAGGAUACCGCCUGAAGAAAACUCAUUCACUCACAUGGAAAGAAGCAUGGGAAAAAGUCUUUUAUCAAUGGAGGAUUACUCUACAGUGGGUGACCAGAGAAGUCGACAGGGUGACUACGACUAUCUUGGGCGUCCUGCGAUCUAUACAGCAUUCGAGCCGGAACGAGCCAGUAGGAAGCUUCGAGAGAGAGACGAAGAGAUAAAGGAACGACAAAGAAGAGUCGCGUCUUAUCUGAAGUCCAGUCAUGCAUCUCUGGAUUCAGGUCUUCACAGGGACAACAGUUCUCCUCCAUCCAUGAGCACCGUUCCGGCCGCAGACACGGUUGCAGACGGCUGGAAUCAUGGUUCUCGCAGAGAGAUUCACAGACAGGAACCUGAUGAGAGAGACACGGAAAUGCAGACGGACAAAAUUCCAGAAGGAGAGGAGGAAACCGCUGCUAUAAACUCUUACCAGAUAUCUGAGGCCAUGAACAACUUUCGUUACAGUAAUGGUGGACUCACCCCAAAAGCAAACGCUAACGGGAUCAUAAUACACCCGCUAGGACGUCAAUCUGAAGUCAUCUGAUAAACGACAAUAUUCCUAAACGAUACCACAUAACAGCAGAAAGUUUUGGACUUGUCAUCUGUGCGUGUGGUUCGUAGUGACAGACUGUUAAAGGAAUCAUUCUGUCAACUUCAUACUAAACACAAACGAUGUUUAGUAGACUGUUUUAAAUGGGAUGUAAUGGGACAGUGAAGGAUUUCCAUGAAUAGUCAGCUUCAAAGAGAUUCAAACAAAUCAUCUCUGCUGAUUCAAACACUGACACUCCAGUGAAUCUACUGAACCCUGACUGUGUAUAAUAUUGUUGAAUAUAAUAUUAACCUGGUUAAGACACAGUCUACCUCUGUACUUAACACAACACGGUGCCAAGACAACAAAAGUAAUAGAGGUGAAAGUUAUUUUUGCACAUUAAAAUAGUUUGUAGCCCGGUUUAAGGUGCCUCGUCAACAAUAAGUGAGCCAUUAAUUGCACAGACAGCUGAAGACUCCGGGCCGGAUCUGCACCGGCGUGGAUCCGGCUCAGAGUCGUCUGCUAUGUCUGACCUGCUGAAAACUCUGUGGUGUGUUUAAAACUUUCCUCUGUCCGUUUAAAGGCUCUCACCACUUUUUUGUUUUUUUUGAGUUUGUGUUUGGAUGAUCAGACAUAAUGUGCAUCACGAAAGCUUUAGCAGGUUCAGAUGUGAGAAGAUUACCAAUUUGCCAAAACACAGGAAUAUGGUAAACACUAAAUCAUAUGUUUGUAAGGGUUAACCGAAUUUUGGAGCAAUACACGAUACUAUGUUACUUAAUUGUCAUAGAGGAAAUUUUUUUGUACUACUGAAAACAAAAAAAAUUGAUUGUAGACUGGCAUUUCGUCAGUUCCCAAAAUCAAAGAUUUUGUACUGUGAAGUUUUGAGAUUUUGUUAUAUUUACUUUGAAAAGAUGCUGUAUUUUAUACACUGUAUUAUGUUUAAAUGCUUAAGGUGCGUUCACACCAGACGUGAAUGAAGCGUUAAGAUCAAGUGAUUUAUAUGUUAAGUCAAUGCAAAGACGCAAUAGACAUGUGCAAAUUGAGUGUUUCUGCUGUUUGCCGCACAUAAGCCAUGAUUCACAUGAAUUUAAAAGUCUGAACUUUGGUGGAUAUUUGCACCGCGUUAACCAAUUAGUUGCUUGCUCUAGUAGGGACUUGAUUAUGACAUAGUGAGCUGAGGCAAAAAAUACAAAACAACAAUGGAGGACAAAAUCAUCGUCGCUGUAUGUGGACACCCCAAGCUGUAUGACACAUAUUUGUAUUUUUAUAGAAACAGGAAUGAAAAGGAUCUUGCUUGGAAAAAAGUGAGUGAGUACAAGCUAGCUGUAAGACAAUUUCCUGAAUAAAGAUAGCCCCCUCCACAAAGGACACAGCAUGAGAUCGCCAUGUUAGCCCGGGAAAACAACUUUGAUCCUUCUGCCAUGACGUUUUGUUACCGUCGUUGGGCCAAACGGAUGGAUAUAUAUUUUAUUUUCCCCCUAACAAAGGCUAAUGCUGGCAAAUUGAGCGUAUUCACAACCGAAUUUUAUGCUAACACAAAAUGUUCAAGGGUCCAACUACACACGAAUAGCGCGAUUUGCUGGUGCGAAUAGCUGGUGUGAACGCACGGUUACAACUAUGCAAUAUUAUGGUAUAAUACUGUAUAUAAAGUUGUUUGUUUGAGAAGGAAAUUAUUCCAAUCACAGACCUAGAUGAAGAGGUUUUUCCAUGUUUGUAAAAGGCCUUUAAUGGCAGGGACAUUUUAUGCAAACAAACGUUAAAUUACAUUAAAGAUACCGCAAUUCAUUGAA